GCAGACCCAUGAAAGGAAACAGGCAAAGGAAUAAAGUCUUCGGGAUCAUGGGUAUAGCUGUGUGGGCCAGGGCAGGGCCACCUGGCGGGCUCACUCACGACGGGCGCCCCUUCCUGACCAGUCCUGUCGGAUGAGAAGGUUCCUUGCCCACCCUGGGAUCCCCUGUCCCCCCCACUGCAUGCAGCCUGGGCAGUUCGUAUUGAUUCCCUUCCCCAGUGAAGUAGGAGGGGAUGACCUCCCUUCUAGCAGGUCUCCCCGGCUUGGGAAGCGGCACCCUCAAAGGCUGUCAGCGGGAUAGCGCCUCCCCCGCUAGUCACAUACAGUUGGAGAUCACACACACACCCUGCUGUCAGAUAUGGGGGUCCCCCGCAGUGUGGGGGGUGGGUGGGAGGAACUGGGAGUUUGGGAUUGACACAUAUAUACUACUGAUGCUAUGUAUAAAAUAGAAAACUGAUGGGAACAUAUCUAUAGCGCAGGGAGCACUGCCUAACGCACUGUAGUGUCCUAAAUGGAGUGGAUGUACGUAUACGUGUGGCUGGUUCAUUUUGCUGUGCAGUAGAAGCUAACACAACAUAGUAAAGCAACUAUACUCCAAUAAAAAUUAAAUUUUAAAAAAAGACAGUGUGAGACACCCCCCCCCCCGAAAAAGUGUCAUCAGGUACAGGGUGAAAACCUAGUACAAACAGGCCCACACCUGAUACCUGCGUGUGCGCAGCCGCAGUCUGGUCCUGGUACAGUGAGGCCGUAUGUAACCAGAUACAGUCAGGGGACGGUGCCCCCUCUAAGGCAUGGCAGAGCAGCUUUUCCUCAGUCAGACCAAGUAGCAUCUCCGCCAGGUGUGACUGAAUGACACACGGGUACGCCCCAUCCCCACCUCCAUGUCACAUUCAGUAGCCUGUCACCUCCCAGGGAAGGCAGGCAGGAGAGGUUCCCCAGGUCAUCCUGACCCCCCAACUUUAUCAGGCAACAGUUUCCGGCGGGCUAUGGACCCCAUCCAGUCAGCUUUGUCCAGCGGCACCUGCAGGGCGCGGGGGGGCGGGGGGCACUCUGGGUUGUCUGGCAGAACCGCCUCCCCAGCCAGGACCGACGUUCAGGGAGCCACAGGCUAGGCAGGAUCGGCUUCCCGCGGACCCUCCUUCCGGGCCAGGGGGAGGAGCAUCCGGGUAGUUCAGGGAUCCUGGGGAGAUGGGCCCUGGGAGCCAAAUAAAGACGCGCACCUGGCCUUCCAGGACCAAUGACCGCUUUUACCCAGGCCAGGCCCCCAUGCAGGCCCUUUGGAGGCAGGUGGGCUGGAGUGGAGCCAGUGGGGCGUGGCUGAUGUGAAGUUGAGCUCCCUGGCCCCGACAUGGCCCGUCGCUCCCAGAGCUCCUCGCAGGGGGAUAACCCCCUGGCACCCGGGUACCUGCCACCCCACUACAAAGAAUAUUACCGCCUGGCAGUGGACGCACUGGCUGAGGGCGGGCCAGAGGCCUAUAGCCGCUUCCUAGCGUCCGAGGGAGCACCUGCCUUCCUGUGCCCUGAGGAGCUGGAGCACGUGAGCCGCCACCUGCGGGCCCCGCAGCACGUUGCCCUCGAGCCCCCCGAAGGCAGCCCUCCCAACAUGGACUUCGAUGGCUCCUCGGGCACCUACUGGCCUGUGAACUCAGACCAGGCAGUGCCUGAACUCGACCUGGGCUGGCCCCUGACCUUCGGCUUCCAGGGCACUGAGGUUACCACACUGGUGCAGCCGCCGCCACCUGACAGCCCCUGCAUCAAGGAUGAGGCUCGAAGGAUGAUCCGCUCUGCCCAGCAGGUGGUGGCCGUGGUGAUGGACAUGUUCACCGACGUGGACCUUCUCAGUGAAGUGCUGGAGGCCGCUGCGCGCCGCGUCCCGGUCUACAUCCUCCUAGAUGAGAUGAACGCACAGCACUUCCUGGACAUGGCCGACAAGUGCCACAUCAACCUGCACCACGUGGACUUCCUACGCGUGCGCACUGUGGCGGGCCCCACCUACUACUGCCGUACUGGGAAGUCCUUCAAGGGCCACGUGAAGGAGAAGUUCCUCCUAGUGGAUUGUGCCGUGGUGAUGAGUGGGAGCUACAGCUUUAUGUGGUCCUUCGAGAAGAUCCACCGGAGCCUGGCACACGUGUUCCAGGGCGAGCUGGUCUCCAGCUUCGAUGAGGAAUUCCGCAUCCUCUUCGCACAGUCCGAGCCGCUGGUACCCUCCGCCGGGGCGCUAGCCCGCAUGGACGCCUACGCCCUGGCUCCAUACGCGGGGGCUGGGCCCCUCAUGGGUGGCCACGUGACCGGGGCGUCGACCCCUUUCUCCUUACCCAAACGAGCCCACCUCCUGUUCCCACCGCCUCGGGAAGAAGGCCUGGGCUUCCCCUCAUUCCUCGACCCCGACCGCCACUUCCUGUCGGCCCUCCGUCGAGAGGAGUCACCGCGGAUGCCAGGGGGCGCCCUGGAGCCGCACGCGGGGCUGUGGCCACUGUCGCGGCAUCUGGACGCCGAGGCCGGACCAGGCGGGGAGCUCUUGGGCCCGCGGGGCUUCUUUCAGGCGCGGCACCCAGAGAUGGAGGCCUUCAAAAGGCACAGCUACGCGGCUGCCGACGGCGCGGGAGCCGUGGAGAAUUUCGCCGCUGCGCGACAGGUGUCGCGGCAGACGUUCCUCAGCCACGGCGAUGACUUCCGCUUGCAGACCAGCCACUUCCACCGCGACCAGCUCUACCAGCAGCGCUACCAGUGGGAUCCGCAGCUUGCACCGGCGCGCCCACAGGGCCUGUUCGAGAAGCUGCGCGCCGGACGCCCUGGCUUCGCGGACCAUGACGACUUCGCGCCGGGCGCCGGGCAGCGCUUUCCGGAGCUCGGCCCGGACGGACACCAGCGGCUGGACUACGUGCCAUCCAGUGCCUCACGGGAGGUGCGCCAUGGCUCGGACCCUGCCCUCGGGCCCGGGCCCCGCGCUCUGGAACCGGCCGGGGCCCCACGCCCCAACCUGGGCCAGCGCUUCCCUUGCCAAGCGGUGACGAGGCUAGGCCCAGAGACUGUGCCCAAGCCAGAGCCCGAGCGCAGAGGCCGGCCCGAGGGGCGGGCGGGACUGCGGCACUGGCGCCUCGCCUCCUACCUGAGCGGCUGUCACGGUGAGGACGCUGGCGACGAGGGCCUGCCCGCACCCAUGGAGGCCGAGGCCUAUGAAGACGACGUGUUGGUUUCUGGGGGCCGGGUGGCCGCCGGGGACCUGCUGACCUCGAGCUUCCGUGCGCCCGCGUCUUUCCCGAGCUCCGGCAGCGGUGGUGGCGACGGCCCCGAGCCCGAGGGCCUGGAGGCAGGCCUGGCCAAGCAGGACUCUUUCCGCUUGCGCCCGAACCCGUUGAUCCAGCGCAGCUCGCGGCUGCGCUCCUCGCUCAUCUUCAGCGCGUCCCAGGCGGAGGGCACGGGCGGAGCCGCUGCGGCCACCACGGAGAAGGGGCAGCUGCCGCCCAAGGAUCAGGUGGCGAGCGAGAUGCCGGCGUCCGGUGGCGAGGCCGUGCGCUCUGCUGUCUCCACCAAGGUGGCCGAGCUCCUGGAGAAAUACAAGGGCCCGACUCGAGACGCCGGCGGCGUGGGGGCAGCAGUCACGGUCGCCAGCCACAGCAAGGCUGUCCUGUCCCAGGCGUGGCGGGAGGAGGUGUCGGCCCCUGGGGGCGGUGGCAGCGAGCGCCGCAGCCUCGAAAGCUGCCUGCUAGACCUGCGCGACUCCUUCGCGCAGCAGCUGCACCAGGAGGCGGAGCGGCAGCCGGGAGCCGCCGCUCUCUCCGCCACGCAGCUGCUGGACACACUGGGCGGGAGCAGCGGCGGCGCUGAGCCGCUGCCCUCCCGCCUCCCCUCCGCCCGGGGCCGCUCCGCCUCCCCGCGAGGGCGGGACAGCCCCCCACCCGAGCGGCCCGGGGCGCACCAGACGCCCCACUCUGAGCCAAAAGGGAACCCCACCUCAGCUUACCCCGAGCGGAAGGGAAGUCCCACGGCAGGGCUUCCCGGCCGCAGAGACAGGCCCACCACGGGAUUCACCGAGCAGAAGGGAAGUCCCGCUUCCGCCUGCCCUGAGCGCAGGGGGAGCCCGGGGCCCCCGGGGCCCCCUGUGCCGGAGCGCAUGGGCAGCCUCACCCUCCCCUUCUCCGGGGAGUCUCCAAAGACCGGGCCCACGGAGGAGGCGCCUGGUGGUCCCAUGGAGAUCCUACGCAAGGGCUCUGCGCGGCUGCGGCAGCUGCUAAGCCCCAAGGGUGAGCGGCGCGCAGAGGAUGAGGGCAGCUUCCCGGUGCCACAGGAGAACGGGCAACCUGAGAGCCCCCGGCGGCCAUCGCCAAGCCGGGCUGACAGCACCGAGGCUGCCACAGGAGAUGAGCGGGGCCCGCAGGCGCGCGUGGCCUCGGCCACGGCCAAUGCCUUGUACAGCAGCAACCUGCGGGAUGAUACGAAAGCCAUUCUGGAGCAGAUCAGCGCCCACUGCCAGAAGCAUCGCGGAGUCCCCGCGCCGACCCUGACCCAGAGCAGCCCUGAGCUGGGCCACCCACCAGCUGCCGGCGGCCUGGCCCCUGACAUGUCCGAGAAGAACAAAUGUUCUGCCAUCAUCCUCUCAGACAGCCUGGAGACCCAAGGCCGGCUGAACCGCGCGCUGCCAGCCAGCGCGGAGGAGCGCGACCGACUGCUGCGCCGCAUGGAGAGCAUGCGCAAAGAGAAGCGCGUCUACAGCCGCUUCGAGGUCUUCUGCAAAAAGGAGGAGCCCGGGGGCCCGGGGGCCGGGGAGGGCCCGGCAGAGGACACCAGGGACAGCAAGGUGGGCAAGUUCAUGCCCAAGCUCCUGGGUACGUUCAAAAGCAAGAAGUGAGUCUCCUGGCCCACCAGCCCGGGUCGGGGUGCCGGCAUCACGGUCAGGCAGAACACCUGGUCCUCAGCCAAAGCCUUCGGAACCUGGCUGAGCACAGCCAGAGCUUGGCUCCACUUGAGGCUCACCUGGUGGUCCUCCCUGCCUCUUGCCCCUUGGUCUCUCCUGCCUAGGGGCUCCAGCCCCUAGCUGCCCCCUGCCCUACUUCCCCAGUUCCCGCUCUUCUCACACCUCAGUCUCUGGACCCUCAGCGCCACCCGCCCUUCUUCUGCAUCUGACUCCACCAUUUCUUUGGGCUUCAGGUCCCCUUUGGAUCACCUCAGGGACCCAUCUCUCUGUGCCUCAGUCCCCCAUCUUUCAGGGGGCCCUCCUCUGUGCCUCAGUCCCCCGUUCUCUGGGGUCCUUGUGUCUCAGGGUGUCUGUGUCUCAGGGGUCCCCUCUGCUCAUAGCCUUCUGGCUGUGCUGCGGCCUCUCCUCUGUGCCUGGCAGCCCCAUCCUCUCUCAAGGCCUCCCACCUUCUCAGGACCUGUCCUCCCCACCUGCAUCCUAGGUCGCCGGGUUCACUUCCUGCCCUGCCCCUCUCCACCCUCCCGGCACCUUUCCUGGCGGCCCAUCCCUUCAGCGUGGGGAGGGGGCCCCUGAGGGGCUGCCCUGUCGAGGACCGUGGUGCUGCUCCCACAGGGCGCUGGCGAGGAGCGAGCGCGCCAGGCUUUGCGGCACAGUAGUCAGGUGGGUGCUACCCUCACAAAGGUCCCUGGCAGACGCGUGUUCACAGGUGCCAUCCCCAGCCGCGCCGCAGAAAGGGGCUGGAUGUGGAGCUCUUGUUCUGUGAGGGCAGAGGACAAGGCGCAGUGGCACCUGAGCCCCAGCCCACCGCUCCGAGGGGUCUCCGUGCCCCGUGAGGUGGGAGUGGUCCUUGCCCUGCAGGUGCCCAGCAGACCCCAACUCCACCUUGUUCUGCAUUCUUUCCACCUUUGUCACCAACCCCCCAAAAAUCUGUCCAAGGUUCCCCACUUAGCUUUCUUGUAUCUUUUUUUUACCUCCGGACAGUAGAUCUGGAAUGACACGUUUGGGCACCAAAUGCUUAGAAAGCCUCCCACAGUAGGUGCUAGUACUGUUAAAUUAGUGUUUGCGCUAUUUCUUUUUAAAUAGUUUUUUUUUUUUUUUUUUAAGUAUAAGGAACCCCAAUUGCUCUGGCUGGGAAAGGAUUUAAGGAACAAGACUGCUGAAUGAGGCAGCAGUUCUGACUGAGCAGCUGGAAAAGGGAGGGGAGGUGGGGUAGGGGGACACCUACUCCCUGGCGGCUCACAGUCCAGUUACCAAAGCCACCACCCAGGAACCACAGCAGAGACUUUGGUUCGAAUGGGAAAGGUCACUGGGGAGCCGGACAAGCUGGAGCAUUUCUGGGCCUUGACAUGCUUGUUGACGAGUUUGGUUUUACCUGGCCUGGUGCACAGCUGUUCUCAGCAGACCUGGCCGGGCCUAUCGCUGAGGGAGGCCCUCGCAGGAAGUGGAGGUUCUGCCCAGGGAGAGGCCAGAGGCCUUCAGAGCCUCCCGUCUGCAUCCUCCACAUCGUGCUCAAUAAGACAUCUCCUUAAAUGUGAUUCUGCACAUUUUGGUGUUAAUAAUAAAACAAUGCACAAAAUA